AGGCGGCGGGGUCCGCCCCUGGCGACGGCGGCGGCGGCGGCGGCGGCGCGGCGCGGCCCGGCCCGGCCCGGCCCGGCCAUGAGGCUGACGCGGGCGGCUGUGCUGGCGCGGGCCAAGGCUGCCGCGCUCGACGGUGUCCGCCGGCUCAACUGCUGGGGCAGCCACAUAACGGAUAUAUCGAUAUGUCGGGAUUUGCCCAACAUCGAGGUGAUCACAUUCAGUGCCAACGACAUCUCAGACCUCGAGCCGCUGACUCAGUGCCAGAAUCUGAGUGAACUCUAUCUGAGGAAGAACAAUAUUACAAGCCUAAAUGAGCUUUUCUACCUCAAAAACCUACCCCGUCUGAGGGUCCUGUGGCUGUCUGAAAAUCCCUGUUGUGGGUCAGACCCCCACCGCUACCGAAUGACGGUGCUGCGUAACCUCCCCAGCCUGCAGAAGCUUGAUAACCAAGCUGUGACAGAGGAAGAACUGUCCCAGGCCCUGGUUGAUGGUGAGGAGAUCAUGGCCCCGCCAGCCAGGAGGACCGUGGAGAAUGGCUGCCCCAAGUCCACCGAAUCCAGCGCUGCUGAAUCCACAAUGGAGACUGAGAGCGAACUGCUGAACUUCAGUCUGGAGGAGACAAACAAAAUUCGAGAGGAGCUUGGUAUGAAGCCUGUUCCCAGGGAUAAAUUUUCUUCCUUUUCACCUCGAGAGACAGACUGCAAUCGAAAGAAGAGAAACAAUGUCCUGAAUGCCAUCCUGCUUCUCAUGAAGGAACUGGAUGUGGAGGGUCUGGAGAUAAUCCAGCAGACAGUGGGGAGGAGGCUCCAGGCCUUUCGGAAGAAGGAGCUGCAGGAGGAGUGACAGUGCCCAUUACAAACCUCCACAGAGCACCAGCCAGCCCCAGACCUGCAGCGCCGUUCUUCUCACACAUACAUGGCUACAGCCAAAGCCUUGGCGUUUCCUGCAGAGGGGCUGGGACAGGGUGCUCCUGGCUGCCCCUAUAGCUCCUGACAUCGCCUCUGGCUGUGCGCAUCACACUGGGGCUGGCAGCACCCAAUCUGGCGCUCAGCUUUCCUGCUUGCGUAGCAGGCUCUGUUAACAUUUGUAUCUCAUGUUGCUGGGGCUGUUUGAUGGGAGCUGCAGGGGAACCAGCAAAGCAAAAGUGAGCAGGGCUACAGUGAGAGGCGCUACUGUGCUGUGCGAUCGAAGGGGAAUAGCAGAGCCUGCUGAUGGCUAGAAAGGUCACUGCUUGUUGGCGGCCUCCUGUCAGACUAACCCUUGCCAGCCUUCGUGUGUAGCAGGCUCUGAAGGCAGCUUCUACCGCAAAGGUUUGUUUUUGUAAAGUCUUUCUAGGAUACUGCCUGAAAUCAUCACCAAGAACUGUCUGGUGCAGAUGGUGAAGGUCAAUGUCAAAUUCUUAAUUUAUCUUCAACUCCUGACUUCUUCUGGUCCUUGUUAGCGCAUGCAACAUCUGAUUGGCGGCCCAAAGAAAAGCUCGGUGCAGCCUAGGUGAAGCAGGAAUUACUCCCUGCCAGAUCCUGAAUGCUCAGCUCUGCUCUCUCCCCCCCCACAUGCCCCAGCAGGCAUUAGAGCAGCUUAAGGAACCUUAACGUCAGAGUACAAAGUCCUGUGCGUUUUGCAGUUGGGAGAAAACAAGCCAAGUGUUACUGUCCAGUUUGCACAGGCAUCGGGGUGGUGUUUAACUGGAAGAAGCUGCAUUUACUAAGAUUUUUUUUUUUAUAGAGCCGUUAAAUACAAACUAAACCGUUGUGGCAUACCAAAUAAAACCAGUUAUCCCUCUA